AUGCGCCGCGGACCACUCGCGGGCACUGAAGAUUCAAGAUUGAUAGGCGGCAAACGCCUCCGCAAUACCGAACCUCUACCACUCAGAAAUCAUUCUAGUGACGGAGAAGAUCUUUACUACCACGAAGCGCAAACUUCUUCACUCUCCUGGGGUGCUGAUGAGUGGUUCUGGACUGAGCUAUGUCUGGUAGACACCUACUUUGGCUCUGAGGAACAUUUCAAGACUUACUUUACUGGGUGUCAGGAAGGAGAUGGACUCGACCCUCCGUGUGGUGGCAGAUUUCCAAUGAUAUCUCCGCGGUUUGACCCGAGGGAGUACUUUCUUCUCAAGCUGAAGUUUCGGACGGAACAGGCAGUCACAGAGUACAGCGCACUCGUCGAAACCUUCAACAAGAGAAUGGACGAAUACGCACAAAGGAUCCGACGCGUUUUCGAAGACGACGACGAAAGAACAAACACUAGGACAAUAAGCGACGUCAUCGAAACUACACAGGUUUUCAUUGACAGCAUCGGCGGUAUAGUGGACGCUUGGGAGACUUUCCAUCGCACCGAGCUGUCGCUCUUCACCAGCUACAUACCUGAAAGAUCGAUUUGGCCAACAUACAUUAGCAGUAUCGUGCGAAACGUUGCAGAACUAGACCGACUGCGCAAAAUACUCGUUACAAAGCGAGAUCGCUUCAAGUUCAAACUCGACAGCGUAAGUUCAAUACCACACGCCAUGCCGAAUCUCAGCCAAACAGAGACAGGAAACCUCCAAGCAAAGACCGCAGUCACCCAAGGCGACGACCUGAAGAUGCUCACCAAGAUGACCGUUCAUGGAUUUCGUCACAGCGAAGUACCCGUGGGCUGCAUUCUUUGGGGUAUUGGUGCUGAUGUCAUUGGUGAACUACAUGAUUGCUUCACCACGGAGCUCUCAGAGAAGAUGGAAUGA